ACACAAGUCGAGGAUUGUAAAGAGGAGGAAGACGCAGAGCGACGCAGAGCAGCGGGUUCCUAUGGUGACGCAGAGCAGCGGGAUCCUCUGCGGCCAGUAGCGUCUACGUGGCUUUACGCGUCUACGUGGCUUUACGCGUCGACUCCACAUUCCUCCAGGCGCAGCAACAACAGGGACACGGAUCCAAACCGAUGUAUGUCUUCUUGUCUUCUUCGUUCUACCAUGAUAUUAACUUGGACUGCACAAUGUAACGGUAUCGACAGGUCUAUUAUGCAUGCUUAAAUUUAGUCUGAACUUUUACGGCGUCUAUCGAUUGUUUCGUCUGAAGUAUCUGAAGAAGCAGCGAGUCCGUUUCUGCCCUAAGAUGUCGAAUGAAGUGAAGCUACGGAAGAAAAGCCACUCAGCAAAGAGCAACAAUUUGUCGGAGUCACCAAAAGCGAAUGGUGAAGAGAAGGAGAGAAGGUCUGGAGGCCGGCUGGAGGCAGAGGAGGUAGGGAAGGAGAGAAGUUCUGGAGUCCGGCUGGCGGAACCUUCUGGCUCCUCGCUGCUCGACCUUAGAACGUGUCUGUGUGUCCUGACGCUGGCAGUGUGCGGAGCUCUGGCAUGGGUUGUACUGCAACAGAACGAACGGUUCUCUGACCUGGAGAAUAAAUACACACUUCUGCACCAGAGGACAACGGGGCUGCUGACUUUGGAAGAGGAGGUCCUCAGAGUGUCUGAGAAGCUCUCCUCGUCCCAAGAGGGCCUCCGGGGGGUGCUCGCCUCCGCCGCCACGGCGACCCGCCUCCAGACGGACCUGGCCGCCCUCCGCGCCGUCGUCACGGCGAUCCAGGCGGACGAGGACGCCGCCUCGCUCGCCCUCCAGGCGGUCAACGCCCACUUCCUGAACGUGACGGAGCUGUGGGCGGGGCGCAUGGCGUCCGCGACCUCCGACCUGGCCGGCCUGAAGGCGGAGGCGCGGGCCGCCCACGCCGGCGCCACGGAGAGCGUCAACGAGGCGGAGCGCCGGGGGCGGGCCCUGGGCGAGCGGCUGGACGAACUGGCGGACAGCUCCGCCCGCAACGUGCGCGCGAUGGAGCGGGCGGAGGAGGCGGACGUGGUGCGGGCCCGCGGCCAGCUGGACUGGAACACGGCCCAGCUGCUGGGGCUGGGGGGCCGCGUGGGGGACCUGGCCCGUCGCGGGGAGGAGCUGGCCGCCGCGCUGCGGGAGCACGUCCCGCGGGCCCGCGCCUGCGAGGAGCAGCUGCCCGCCGUGGAGGAGGCGGUGCGCUCCAUCCUGCGGCUGGGGGCCGCGCUGAGCGGGGCGGAGGGCCGGCUGGAGGAGCUGACCCUGACGGUGCUGGGGACGGAGGACGGGCUGCUGCGGACCCUGGGGGACAUGGUGGCGCUCCGGGGGGAGGUGGACGCACUGCAGGCCCGCGGCAGCGUCCGGAGGAUGAAGGAGGAGCUGGAGGUGGUGAAGGAGGCGGUGCAGGAGCUCACUAUGGUGCUGAGGGAGGGCCGGGGGGAGGCGGAGGGGGGAGGACUGUGGGGGGAGGAGGAGGAGGAGGAGGAAGAGGAGGAGUGGAUAGACUAUGAUGAGGAAGACCCACCUGACCUUGUGUUAGGAGGAGACCUCAGCGACUGACCUGGUUGGCUUCAGCCGCCCGGUUUGAAGGUCUCUGGUCUCAUCAUCAUUUGAGUUCUUUUUUUUUUUAUAAUUGUUUGUGUAAGUUAAGUACUGAGAUUUGCUCUGAAUUCAUUGCUGUUCUGUUGACAGCUACUGUGAGGAAAAUAUUUCAAUGACAUUAUUAAUGUGAUUGUAAUGACAGUUGGUAAGUGCUCAUUGACUCUAGUUCAUUGUCCUCGAGGUAUAAUGACGUGCAACACUUUUGAUUCAUGGCCUUUCAUUAUUAGACUCAUUGAAGAAUAAAUCAAUCACACAUUUGUACUAUAUUAUAUUCAGUCCAAAUGUUGUGAAGAAGUUUGUUGGUCUCUGGGGGGUCUGUUGUUGUUGGUCUGUGAUACGAGGGAAGGAACAUCUGAUGCUGAUACCAGCCAAUCAGCUGCUUUAUUGAUCAAGAGAGACGGUUGGAGACGGAUGGCAGAGAGGAGGAGGACGGAGGAGGAAAGUGAAACGUGUUGAUCAUCUAACACGGGGGGGUCAGAGACAGGGAGGGGGAAACGGCAGGAGGUGGAACCACAUCUAUCUUUCAAUAAAUGCAAUAAAUGAAUACAAUCCUCAA